UGCCGCCACGCCCACGCCGCCGCUCCCACCUUUACCCUCCGCCGCUAAAACCCUAGAACCUACCCACCCCCACGGCCCGCCGCCAUGUCGUCCGCGACGCCGGCCGUCGCAUCCCCCGCCUCUGAGCACUCCAAAUCGAAGAAGAAGAAGCACAAGUCGAAGGACGACCCCGCCGCCGCUGCCGCCGCUGACCCGCCGUCGCUCGCCGAGGCCGAGGAGAAGACUGAUGGCUACCUCAUCAAGCCGCAGUCCCUUGUGCCGUCCCUCGACACCUCCACCUGGCCGCUCCUCCUGAAGAACUACGACCGCCUCAACGUCCGCACCGGCCACUACACCCCGCUCCCCUCCGGCCACUCGCCGCUCAAGCGCCCCCUCGCCGAGCAUCUCCGUUACGGCGUCAUCAACCUCGACAAGCCGUCGAACCCUUCCUCCCACGAGGUGGUCGCCUGGAUCAAGCGCAUCCUCCGCGCCGAGAAGACCGGUCACAGCGGCACGCUCGACCCCAAGGUCACCGGCAACCUCAUCGUCUGCAUCGACCGCGCCACGCGCCUCGUCAAGUCGCAGCAGGGCGCCGGCAAGGAGUACGUCUGCGUCGCCCGCUUCCACGCCGCCGUGCCGGACACCGCGCGAGUGGCCCGCGCGCUAGAGGCGCUCACUGGCGCGGUGUUCCAGCGCCCGCCGCUUAUCUCUGCAGUCAAGCGCCAGCUCAGGGUGCGGACAAUCUACGAGAGCAAGCUCCUGGAGCACGAUCCCGAGCGCCAUCUUGCCGUGUUCUGGAUCUCCUGCGAGGCAGGUACCUAUGUUCGGACUCUCUGUGUGCACCUUGGGCUGCUCCUUGGUGUUGGUGCGCAUAUGCAGGAGCUGCGCCGUGUCAGGUCGGGGAUCCUCGGGGAGCAGGACAACAUGGUGACGAUGCACGAUGUGAUGGACGCGAUGUGGUCGCUGGACAACUACAAGGAUGAGUCAUACUUGAGGCGUGUCGUGAUGCCACUAGAGGUACUGCUUACUAGCUACAAGAGGCUUGUUGUGAAGGACUCUGCUGUAAAUGCUAUCUGCUAUGGUGCUAAGCUUAUGAUUCCCGGGUUGCUCCGAUUUGAGAAUGAUAUUGAGACCGGGGAGGAGGUGGUUCUCAUGACAACAAAGGGUGAGGCUAUUGCGAUUGGUGUUGCUGAGAUGACUACUGCUGUGAUGGCAACCUGUGACCAUGGUGCAGUUGCAAAGAUCAAGAGGGUCGUGAUGGACAGAGAUACAUACCCAAGGAAGUGGGGGCUUGGCCCGGUGGCACUCAAGAAGAAAAAACUUAUUGCUGAGGGUCUUCUUGACAAGCAUGGGAAGCCAAAUGAGAAGACACCAACUGAGUGGCUUAGGAAUGUGGUGCUUCCCACUGGUGGUGAUGUUUCAAUUGCCAGUAUUGCAGCUGCUCCUGAGCCAGAGAAGGCGAAGGUGGAGCAGGACACAGCUGUGACUGAGGAGGUCAAGGAGAAGAAAAAAAAGAGGCAGAAGGAUGAUGAGGAUACUGAUGUUUCUGUUCCUGCGAAGAAGAUCAAAGUUGAGGAAGCCACUGAAGCUGUGGAAGGGGAGAAGAGUGAGAAGAAGAAGAAGAAAAAGAAAGACAAGGGUGAAUUGGAGUCAGCUGAGGCUGUUCAGGUCAAGGAGGAGGUUGAUGCAGCUGACGAGAAGGGGAGUGAGAAGAAAAAGAAGAAAAAGAAGAGCAAGGAAGGAAGUGAUGCUGCAGAGCCAGAGAGUGCUCAGAAUGGAGAUGGCACCGAUGCUGAGAAGAGUGAGAAGAAAAAGGAGAAGAAAAAGAAGAAGAACAGAGAUGCAGAGGAGGCGCAAUAGGUGUAGUUUAUGUUGGCUGGCUUCUUUUGUUUAGAGUUGCUGGGGAGGAUUGAAAUGCCUUUCUUGCUUGCCUUGUAGCUCUUGCAACUGCUAUGCCUAAUGUACCAUCCUUAGGUUAUUACUAUACUAUUGCUCUGAACUGCUAUGCCAAGUGGUGGUAUUUUCAUUUAAACUCUUGAACAAUGAUGGCUGUAUUGUUGUUUUGCUUACCAGAUAAUGAGAUGAAUUUAGCUCUCAUCUUGAUUUUUA